AUGGUGGUUGAUGGUAUUUUUGUUGUUGAACAAUCCGGUAAAGAUAUAUCAAAAGGAAUACUAGCGCAACGUGCCCGACGAGAACGAGAACGUAUUUUUAAGCAAACCACUGAAAGAUUCAACCUCUCCGAGACGGGAAUAUUAGAGCUGAUGGGCGAGACCAACAUGCCGUACAUGUUCCCGAGGUACCUUAGCACUUGCAAGAAAAGCAAAUUAUACGUUAACCACUCAAUUCGUACAGACGGGAUUCCUGAAUGGUUUGCAAAAGAUGAAAAUGCACAAAAGUCGGUAACAUGGAACCGCACACAUGGAUUUUCGCUCCCACAGGCAUUAAUAAUUUCAAAUGCCAGGAGAAUUCGAAUAAACCAAUUUGCGUUUCGGACCAAUGUAAACUAUUAUCGCUUUAUUGGCCGCAUUGAAAAAAUAUAUGUUGAACAUCUAUGGAUUGAUUUAUGCAAUACAUGCUAUAACCAAGUUGACAAUCAGUACGGCUGGUUUAUGUGUAAACAUUGUGGCAGAGAAGAUGUGCAGACUGUAACCAGGUAUAAUGCAAAGAUGGUUGUAAAAGACUCCACUGGCUCAAUGGAACUCUUCGUAAAGGACACGAAGGCAGAAUUCAUCUUACAAUGUGUCCCUUCAUAUCUGAAGAAAUUAAUGUUAAAGGAUAAUGGGGCGCAAAUGCUCAAAGACUACAUUUCUCAAUUUAAUGAAUGUCCAUACGUGUUUAUUAUUCCUGCUCCAAAGUUUGGAUGCGUUGACCAUUGUGCUCCCGUGGUGACUUUUGUAUUAAAAGUUGAUUGGUCAGAAGAGUGUUGGCAUAUUUUCAAAGGGAAAUCGAGAACUGGCAAAGAGACAUUGGAUUCAUCGUGAUAAGAGCUUUUUUAAGACAUUGAAAAUUUGAUAAUGACAUUUUAUUUGUUAGGUUAAGUUUUACAAGAAUAUAUUUGGUUUGACGUAGUUAAUUUUUAUUACGUG